UAACAAAUCCUUAACCGAUGAUGAACAGUCUGAUUAUCAACAAGUAUUAGACUCUUAUUCAUAUUCGUGUGGUACUCCGAUUUUUUCUGAAGACCAUUAUUUGAAAGAAGUAAUCUUUGUACGUACACAAAUUAGCUGUGAUUCUCCAAUUGAAAUAUUGUACUAUUCAAGCUACAAAGUAGGAAAUUAUCCAAUUUGUUAUUACUGUGGAAAUAGUGAUAAUUUGAUAACUCUGCUGCAAUCUUUAAAAGAACGUUUUAAGCAAAUCUAUCCAUUAUAUGAAAUUUGUCAAGAAAAUGGAAAAAAUUUUUAUACAAAAGCAGCGAUCAAAACUAAUAAUAAAGCCGUGAAGCAUUUUAAAAAAUAA